GACUCUUCUCCUCACUUUGUUGUGUCCUUGCACGUCGACUACAAUGGCGCAGCCCUUGGAAGAUGCGUACAUUACGCUUCUUAUGAGCGAUUCCUACCUGCCAGGCGCUGUGGUUCUCGCCAAUUCGUUGCGCGAUGCCGGCACCAAGAAGAAGCUUGCCGUGCUCGUCACCAUGGACACGCUUUCUGCGGACACGAUCGGUGAGCUCAAGACGCUCUACGACUAUCUGAUCCCGGUCCAGCGUAUUCGAAGUUCCAAUACUGCCAACCUGUAUCUUAUGGGACGGCCUGACCUGGCAUUCGCCUUCACCAAGAUUGCCCUCUGGCGGCAGACGCAGUUUCGCAAGUUGGUGUACCUCGAUGCUGAUGUGGUAGCUCUCCGCGCGCUCGACGAGCUCUUUGACAUUGAGGCGUCGUUUGCAGCAGCUCCAGACAUUGGCUGGCCAGAUGCCUUCAACAGCGGUGUCAUGGUGAUCAAGCCCGACAUGGGCGAAUACUGGGCGCUGCAAACCAUGGCUGCGGCUGGCGACAGCUUCGACGGCGCAGACCAAGGCUUACUGAACCAGUACUUCGAGCACCGUCCGUGGCAGCGACUAAAGUUUACUUACAAUUGCACCCCCAACGCAGAGUACCAGUGGGAGCCGGCCUACCGCCACUACAAGCGCGAUAUUGCGGCCGUCCACUUUAUCGGCAAGAACAAGCCCUGGUCGAGCCAGCAUAGCGGCGGAACAGGCGUCUAUGGAGAGCUCCUAGCGCGGUGGUGGGCUGUACAUCAGAGGCAUUUGCACAGGGAAAAGGCAGCCAAAGAAGCGGGUGAGGCACAUAGCACUCAAAGUGACUUUUCCUCUCCCCCUGCCCCUGUCGAGGCCUCGGUUGUUACCACUGAGUCUCCUAUGACUGAACCUGCCGAUGAGAUACAGAAUAUUGACCAAGGAAUGACAGAACCUACCCCAGAACAACGCAAGUUUUCCGCGCCCGAGAUGGAAUGGGAUGCCACCAAUGACAACCCCUCGCUCUUCCAGGCGCCGCGUACCUACCCUGAAGCCCCAACAGACAUGUGGUACAAGGUUCCAGACAACAAACCCAAGCCUGCUGACCAGCCCAAGCCUAUUUUCCCCUGGGAGCAAAAGGCCGACAAGCCCAAGCCCACUCGUGUAUUUGCUGAAGAUUUAUCCCCAGAACCUACCCCUGCCCCAACCCCAUCGAACCACCCCUUCUCCACUAGACAUUACGAUGACGAGAUUGCCGUCUCAGGAGGACCAGAGCAGGUCGUGAGCCCCGACCAGGGCAAUGACCAGCAGUGGCAGUCAUACCAACGUGCCAGUGUCAAUGCUUGGGACAGCGUUCCGGGUAUUGAGAAUUAUGUUCGUGCCAUAUCGGACCUCAGCGGAAACGGAAAACGCGGUAAGAACCAAUCUAUGCAACAAACCACGGGCACGGAUGACAUCAGUUCACCGUUGCUGGAACGCAGACAACGUCGAGAGAGCCUUAUCCUGACCGAUUUCCCAACCGCAGAGGACCGUCCGAGUCUCCCCGUUACCCCAGCCCCUGUCCGUCGUCCAAUGUUCUGGGGUGAAGAGAGGAACCAAGCAGGCGAGCUUCCUUCGGCUACAGGAGUGCCCGACCAGACCGAAUGGAAUCCUGAAGAGAGACUCGACCAGCUCCGCCGCUCCUCCGUUAUGGAGUUUGAGCACCUGAAAAAGGACGAGCAUCCAGACCCACCGUUGCGCGCGCUUCCCGAGCACUCGAUUGCUGGGGAGAAAGAGGCCAGCGCCACCCAUGCUCUUGGAUUAGAUGGAGCCAACGAUGGUCCCGCCGAGAAAGACUUUGCCACCAGCCAGUCCACGCUUCCUGAAGGCGAGCAGGUCCAGGCUGUAGGAGACGAGCUGAACCCCACGCAGUCUGCAACCUAG